AAUAUUUUUAUUCUACAAAAAUGUUAUCAGUGUUUAGAAAUAUUCCAGUCGAGGCAAAACAAUUUUCUUCAAUUUUUUUAAGACCCUGGAGAAGAUUUUCUCUUUCUUCUUUAUCAAAUACUCAACAAAAUGGGCAAGAAGAAAAUAAAAGAAAAAAUCAAAAGAAAUUUGAAUUUGUGUUGGCUAAUGAACGUUUAAAUACUAUUCCAAAUUUACUCAGUGCUGGAAGAAUUGUGGCUACUCCAAUUAUUGGCUGGUUGGUGGUAAGUGAGUUAUAUUCCCCUGCUUGUGUACUCUUUGUGAUUGCUGGUGUUAGUGAUUUGGUCGAUGGUUUUAUUGCUCGUCGUUUCCCUUCACAAAAAUCACUCUUUGGAAGUAUCAUUGAUCCCGUGGCAGAUAAAUUUUUAAUUAGCACAUUGUUCAUUACGCUCACUUAUAUGCAUUUAAUACCUGUUUAUUUAACUGUUAUUGCACUUGUAAGGGAUGGAAUGUUAGUCACUGGAGGCCUAAUUCUUCGUUAUAAAAUGUUGGAUCCCCCAAUUACUUUUUCAAGAUUUUUUAAUCCAACAAUUUCGUCAAUUCAAAUAAACCCAUCGAAAAUUAGCAAAUUCAAUACAGGCCUCCAACUUUUGCUUCUUUCACUUAGCCUGGCAAGUCCAAUUUUUCACUUUGUUGAUCAUCCUGCUCUUCAGAUUCUCAGUAUUUUGACUGCCUGCACAACAGUUUACUCGGGUUUACAAUAUGCUUUUUAUUCAGGAAUUUUACGAGUUAAACUUAUAAAACCUAAAAUUAAAUAAAAUUAUAUUUUUUUAUUUUUAUUUCCAAUUUUUGAGCUCUUGUUGUUUACAAAAAAUAAAUUGAACAAAUUUUUAAAUCUUAGGCGUUAAAUAAAAUUAUUUAAUAAAAUGUGAACUCAAAAUUUGUUAAAAGAAUUUUUGCAAAAAUUUUCAUACUUUUUUGUAAUUAAAUAACCCCUCUAAUUAAAUGGCAAUUUUUUGGUAUAUCGAAAAACAAUAAAAUGAAUGGACUUUCAUUUAUCCUUCCAAAGAAUUUCAAUUUAUUUUUAUCCUUCACUUUUGUUUUUCGUCUUCUACCUCUGACAGUUCUUGUUG